AAGUGGAUACAGUCUUUCGAUAACAGCCAAACCGCGUGCAACAGGUUGCAACAGUUGGUGGUCUUGAACGUUGACGUUGGAAAAGGACAUUUCGCGGACUAUCGGAACAAAACGUGGAACAAUGAGUGAAGAGACUUGAAAUGUGUUCAUGUUUGAAUUUUCACAAUUGCUGACUUAUACAAAUGUUAGUGUUGCUGUCCUGUUGUUCUAAACUUGUGCUGCCUCAAUUUCCCGCAGAAGUGAAUACGCCAAAUCAGAUCAAUGAAAAUUAAAGUGAAAACGAUGAACCGAUCAGCUGCGUGUGUCUCCAUCAUACUGCUUUAUUGCGUGCUGUGGGUGGCUUGUUCGUUCCCGAUGGCGCUAUCGUGCGAUUCCUGUGGGCGUGAAUGUGCCUCGGCAUGCGGAACGCGACACUUCCGCACGUGCUGCUUCAAUUACCUACGAAAACGUAGUUCCUCACCUCCGAUCAGUACCCCUCCGCCUCCUCCCUCCAUCGCCAUCCGGAGUGGUGCCAUCAACAUGGAGCAAUGGCUUUCGAAGGCUGGUCUAGAUCAAGACGAUCAGCUGACGAACAUGCAUCACCACCCGCAACAUCCAGUUAUCGACCUGGAGCAAUUGUUUGGCUCUGGCCGGAACACCCUGGACAAUGACGUCGAUUACGAGCUGAAGGAUGGCGGUGGAAGUUCCAGUCGUGAGGCGGACGGUAGCAAACGGAACUCGAUAGUGGCGAGUCACACCAACAGGCUCAUUGGAAGAUUCCGGCAUCAUCGCUUGGACGAUGAGCGGGAUCCAGAUCAGCAGCGAUCAGUGAGUGGAGAAUCGGAUCCCGGAAGACUUCAGCUACUGUACGAGAAGUAAUUCCGCUGAAUGGAAGAAUCAGGCAUCAGCCCGAAACUUAAGGAUCCGAACGUUGCGGUUGACUCCAAGGGCUGGGUUGAGUCAAGCGUAGCGAUUGGAUCUUAACUACUUACCGUAGUAGCGCAGAAUGAGUCUGAAUAACCCCCGAGAAUCUUACAAAGAAUUCCUAGGACAACGCAACGGAUUUAAUCAAAGAGAAACGGCAAACGGUUUCCACUCAGUUAUCGACAAGAAGCUAUUCCGAUAAUGUGAAGAUGCUUCAUAGCUGUACAAAUAAUAAACCACUGUGAAAAGUUGUUUAACUGUUUAAAUUAUACAAAUGAGGUGAACAAUAAUAAUAUUUUUACCAGAGCCAUA